UUUUUUUUUUAUUUUUUUCUUUCAUUAUCAUUCCCUUGUAAUAUGUAUCUUUCUAUACCUAUUCUUGAUAGACUGUCCUUUCGUGAUUUCCAAAAUAUUGUCUUUACCGUUAUCUUUUUUAUAUUUGAAAGUUUUAUACGAAUCAUCGUUACUGUAUUACCGCAAUUUGUUAUUGAUCUUAUCGAUGCCUUUAUUGCAGCUUACUUCCCUUGGUUGUCAAAAUUGGAUAAAAAACCGCAUGUCUGUUCUCUUGAAAAUGCCCAAACAUUCGACAAGCUAAUAGAAUUCUGGGAUAAAAAUUAUCAAUGUGAACAACAUUUGGUGAAAUCAAAAGAUGAAUACUUACUCUGUGUUCAUCGGGUAAUAUGUACAAAAUCAAACAAGAAUAUGAAUCAAAAUAAACCUAUCAUUGCCAAUCAACAAGGUAUCAAUGUAUUAGACUGUUUGGAUCAUUUUCCUCCUAGAAUCCAUGAUGACAAGACUGAUACUAGGCCUGUGGUACUUCUCUUUCAUGGCUUUUUGAUGUCUUCGGAAAUAUGGGCAUGCAAUAUAGAUGAAUACAGAAAUCUUCCUUUACUUUUGGCUACCCGUGGAUAUGAUGUCUGGUUAGGGAAUGCUCGUGGAAACAAGUAUAGUCAAGCUCACUUGAAACUUAGUGCGAAUGAUGUUCAAUUCUGGAAUUUUUCUUUGAAUGAAUUGGCCAUGUAUGAUUUACCAGAUAUUAUUGAUUAUAUUUUGAAACUCACUGGACGCAAGGAUUUGACGUAUAUUGGAUUUUCUCAAGGCACAGCAUUAGGUUUCUCUUCUCUUUCAGUGAAUCAGGAUCUUAACAGAAAGGUCAAUUUGUUUAUUGCUCUUGCUCCAGCUACAACACCUAUUGGAUUACAUCAUCCAUUGAUUGAUGCUUUUGUAAAGGCAGCUCCUUCUGUAGUUUAUCUUAUCUUUGGUCGAAAAAUGCCUCUGGAAUUGGCAAUGUUUUGGCAACGUAUGGUCAGUCCUCCAUUGUAUGUACGUAUUAUUGAUACCUGUGUCAAGUUUCUUUUUGGUUGGCAAGGCAAUAAUAUUACUCCAGAGCAAAAACUCGUUAGUUAUCAACAUUUGUAUAGUCCAACAAGUGUGAAAACGUUAGUGCACUGGUUCCAAAUCAUUCGCACUGGUCAAUUUCAAAUGUUUGAUGAAAUGCCCAGUAGACUACCAUUCAAACGACAAUCAAGUGUGACGGAUCAUGUUCCUCCUCGUUUUCCUACAAAACAAAUUACAACACCCAUGGCCUUAUUUUAUGGUGGAUCUGACUUAUUGGUGAACUUCAAAGUGUUAUCUCGUGAUCUACCUCGACCUUUGGCAUAUAUCAAAUCAAUUGAUUCUUGGGAACAUUUGGAUUUUAUUUGGGCUGCUGGUAUCGAAGAUAUUGUGUUCCCGGAUAUUAUACGUUUGAUUGAUCAUUUCAACCCUAUAUCAAAAAAACAUCAUCAGAAUGGAAGAUAUGGUCCCUAAAACAACCUUUGCAUGAAGAAUGGUCUACAUCACUUGUCUCUUCUAUUCCCUUGUUAUUAUAUAUAUAUAUAUUCGAUUUUUUUUUCCGGAUUUAGUUAGUUUUAAUUCUUACAUUGUACAAAUCAAAUAAAUUGUCAUUAUAUUUGAACCAGAUGAA